GUGAUGUGAUGAUAUAAAAGGGAAAAUCCAAAAAGAACAACGCACAACACACCUGGCUUUCACACACUUUCUCUCUAUUUAGCUUUAUUAUUAUAUCAUUCAUUCUUUCUUUUUAUCUUUCUCUCAACGAAACGAAACCCUAGUGCGCGUACAAGGCGCAUACGACUCCUCCUGAUUACUUUGUUCUGGGGAACUCAACUUACAAGGACAAUUUAUAUCCAAGGAAGAGUACAAGGAUGCGUCGUUGGCUAUGCUGCACUUGUCAGGUGGAAGAGUCUUAUCCAUCAAAUGAAAAUGAACACCUGAAAAGCCCAAGAAGUUAUGGAGAUGGCAACCCAAAAGGCUCAAGGGCUCCGGCUCCCGUCAAACCUGAAACACAAAAGGCACCACCACCUAUCGAAGUUCCAGCAUUAUCCUUAGAUGAGCUGAAGGAAAAAACUGACAACUUUGGAUCAAAGGCAUUGAUUGGUGAAGGGUCGUAUGGGAGGGUGUAUUAUGCAACAUUAAACGAUGGAAAGGCUGUGGCUGUGAAAAAGCUUGACGUUUCUACUGAACCCGAAUCGAAUAAUGAGUUUCUAACCCAGGUUUCCAUGGUCUCAAGAUUGAAGAAUGAAAAUUUUGUUGAGUUGCAUGGAUACUGUGUUGAAGGAAAUCUCCGUGUACUUGCAUAUGAGUUUGCUACUAUGGGCUCUCUUCAUGACAUUUUGCACGGUAGAAAGGGAGUUCAAGGGGCACAACCAGGGCCAACUCUUAACUGGAUGCAGCGAGUUAGAAUUGCAGUUGAUGCAGCAAGGGGAUUAGAAUAUUUACAUGAGAAAGUUCAACCAUCAAUCAUACACAGGGAUAUCAGGUCAAGCAAUGUGCUUAUCUUUGAAGAUUACAAAGCUAAGGUAGCUGAUUUUAACCUCUCUAAUCAGGCCCCUGACAUGGCUGCACGCCUUCAUUCUACCCGUGUAUUGGGAACCUUUGGGUAUCAUGCUCCAGAAUAUGCCAUGACUGGGCAGUUGACUCAAAAAAGUGAUGUUUACAGUUUUGGUGUUGUUCUUCUUGAGCUCCUUACAGGUAGGAAACCUGUUGAUCAUACCAUGCCUCGAGGACAGCAAAGUCUUGUCACAUGGGCUACUCCAAGACUAAGUGAAGAUAAAGUGAAACAAUGCGUGGACCCAAAACUGAAAGGAGAAUAUCCCCCAAAAGGAGUUGCUAAGCUUGCAGCUGUAGCAGCACUUUGUGUGCAGUAUGAAGCUGAGUUUAGGCCCAAUAUGAGCAUUGUUGUUAAAGCACUCCAGCCACUUCUGAAGGCUCCCGCUCCUGCACCAGAAACUUGAAGCAGAUGAAUUGAAGUUAAAAUACUUCUAUUUUGUUUCUGCAUCUUCUGCACAGUUUGAGUCAGAUAUUAUCAAAUACUGCAAAUAAUAAUAUAUAUAACAUAUAUUUUUACUUUUGUUUGAGAUUGGAUGUGUAGGAUUGGAUUGGGUGGUUUCAUGUCAUUUUUAAUUUCCAUGUAUUUCUGGUAUUGCACUUUAGUGCAGAGGAUUAUAGAGCCAUACUGCAACAUUGGGUCUGGGUUGCGUGGUUUGUUUGAUAAAUGUUGUUUGUCACUCAACGCUAAUCCCCCCAUAUUCUUUAUUUGUUUCUUGACUGAGCUGAUGAUACUUGGAUUGAAAUACUUAUAUUUGUUGGACCUUUUUGUUUGUCUGUUCUUUUC